AUGAAAGAAGCCCUCGUCUCCGCCGGCCCCAUCGUUACCAUAACCGACUCCCCCAUCCCCCGCCCCGGCCCCAACCAAAUCGUCACCAAAGUCGUCUUCUCCGGCAGCAACCCGAAAGACUGGAAGCGGCCCGAAUGGAUGAGCGACAAACCGCCCGUCAACCAGGGCGAUGACGUUUCCGGGGUGGUGCAUGAAGUCGGCGAGGGGGUGAGGGAGUUUCGGAAGGGGGAUCGCGUGGGGGCGUUUCAUGAGAUGAUGGCGCCGGGGGGGAGUUAUGCGGAGUAUGCGGUUAGUUGGGAGAGUACUACGUUUUUGCUGCCGGAGAAUGUUAGCUUCGAGGAAGGCGCAGCCAUCCCCCUAGCAGCCAUGACAGCCGCCUGCGGCCUCUAUGCCAAACUCCGCCUGCCCGCUCCUUUCCUCCCGAACCCCAAUCCCACUCCUCUAUUGAUCUACGGCGCAAGCUCGGCAGUGGGAUAUUAUACCCUCCAAUUCGCGCUGAAAUCGAACCUCCACCCUCUCAUCUGCGUCGCCGGGCGCGCGGCGAAGCACAUCGAACCCCUGCUCGACCGGAGCAAAGGCGACACCAUCGUCGACUACCGACAAGAAGACGCAAAGGUGGUUGAGGACCUGAAAAAGGCGUUGGGAGGCAAGAAACUCGAACACGCCUACGACGCCGUCUCAGAAAAAGGCUCCUACCAGAACAUCGCCCAAGUCCUCUCCCACACCACAGGAAAAAUCACUUUCGUGCUUCCGGGGAAGAAAUACGACGAUCUCCCCGCCGGGAUCGAGAAGAGCGUUACAAGGGUGGGGGAUGUGCAUGGGACUCCUGACGACCUUAAAGAGUUCGGGUAUGUUUACUUCAGGUAUAUUAGUAAGGGUUUGGCGGAGGGGUGGUUCAGGGCGCAGCCGUAUGAGGUUGUGGAGGGGGGCCUUGAGGGGGUGCAGAAGGGACUGGAGGGGUUGAAGGAGGGGAGGGCGAGCGCUGUCAAGUACAUUUUCAAGAUAUCAGAUACGCCGGGUGUGGGUUCGUAG